AUGGAGAGAGUGAAAAUAACGGAACGACCGGAGUAUUUAUUAUUCACGGCACCUUAUAGACUGUGCGAGGGUGAAUGUGCGAAUGGCAAAAAUUUCGUGCUGUCAUUCCCGCUUUACAUUGGUAAGAAGGGUGUCAAAGCGUACAGGAGUAAUUACCAAAGAGAUGCAUUGAAAGUUCAUUCGAUGCGGCCUAACGCGCCGUUCAGAACUAAGCCUAAACGGACGGCAUUGACAACUUGUCCAACGCUUAGAGAAAAUCCUACCACAGAAUCAACCACUACUACGACAACAACAACAACUGAAGCAACAACUACUACAGAAACAACAACAACAGAAGCCACAACUACAACUGAAGCAACCACUACAACCGAAGCAACAACUACUACAGAAGCAACUACCACUACAGAAACAACUACCACUACAGAAGCAACUACUACUACAGAAGCAACUACGACUACAGAAGCAACUACGACUACAGAAGCAACUACGACUACAGAAGCAACUACUUCAACAAAAUCAACCACUACGACAGAAGCAAUUACUACAACCGAAACUACUACUGAAAAAACAACGCCAACGAUAGAUACGGAUGAAGAAGACCCAAAACUAUUGGACUUAUUAUACUCAGAAGAAACGACAAAAGCGGUGAUACUUAUAAUCCUCCCGAUCCUCGAAGGAGGUGGUCUCCCGUGGCACAAAUGGUCGUGGUCAGCACCCCAGGCCCCCAUCGAGUACUUCUUCCGAAGACAAGGCAGCAUGCCCAUUAAAUCCCCGAGGGACAACUUCGAGUGCACGUGCCCUCCGCAUAGAGAUAGUAGUAAUAGUAGUAUAGAAUCUGGAGAACACUAA